AAUUCUAGAGGCCGCCACCGUCCGGUAAACUGCCAGGCUGCCAGUUUGCGUGUUGGAGGUGCGAAAAAAUAUGUGAGCGACUCGGUUUCCUCUCGAGUAUUUCGCUGAAGGUUGGUUAAACAUCGGCGAUUCAUCGUUUCCUGAUUGCGGGUAUGUGUUCGCUCUAGCCCACAAGAUGAUUCCGUCGAAACUUUGGCUGCUAGCGCUGUUUCUGUGGUGCGUCGCGGCGUAUGCGACGGCGUCUGUGUCUGACAAACAAGUCGCUUCCUCAAACAAAUCCGUUUCCCACGGCACGUCGCCGCCAAAGGACACCCCAACCACAAGUUCGUCGGUGUCCGACAACGUCAAGCAUGUCGUGCACGACGACUCCCUCACCGCGAGGCAGAACAGCACCGGUGCCACGCAUACGUCGUUCAUCUUCAACAAGCAAGCGAACGGCGUCGUGCUACGUUCUUUCUACGUGAUAGUGGGCGUUAUGAGCAUCAUCCUCGUCUACUUCGUCGUAAGAAUGGCCAGGUCCCGCUACCGGCAUAGCAAAACCCGACGGUACGGCAUCAUCGCCACCAGGGCAGCAGAGCUGGAGAUGCAACCGCUGGACCGCCUGGAUGACGAAGAAGAGGAGACGACGCUGUUUGAGGCCAACAAGCGUUGAUGAACCCUCGCGCAGAUAAGCCCAACUCUCAUCUGUUCACAUAUCAAAGGAAAGGACCCAACAAGCUUGUGCCUUGUUUUCUUUUCCCCGGGAGGUAACAUUGUCUAGCUAAAUUUCUAUAAAUAAACGGGCAGAGUGUUUGUGUGACAGGCUUGCAUGGGCUCAUGUGCACCAAAGAGUCUCUCUAUUAUGUCGCUCGCAGUUCUGUAAGAUUUCUUUGGUUCCAGAGAGGCAUUGGACAAAUAAUGCACUGAUAGCGCUAUUUUCACAAUGUGAGCUUGGUUUCGUAUCCAUAGCAAGAAUUGACCUUUCUAGUCACUGUGUGCUUGUACAUGUGAUUACUGUGUCUUGUCGACGAGCCUGUGAAUCGGGGACGUCUGAGCAACAUUUGCAUUGCCUCGCUUUCUGUACUGUAUAGUAAAAAUGCCAUUUGACUUUUUUUUUUUUUUUCUCAUUAUAACAGGGCAGACAAGGUGAUUUCUGAAAUCUCCUGCGUAUUGCAUUUCUUUGGCAAGUUGGUUCUUCACAUUAGGCAAAAAGAAUUUCUAUUGCCUCGUUUUAUUUUUUUGGCAAAGUUAGUGAUCUCUUUGCUAUCGCAACUUUUGGUAGAGUGCCAGAGUGGUGCCUCAUUCCUGAGUGUUUGUUUACUGCAUGUCAUACUAUUUUAGCAAGCUGGAAAAUUGGAAUGCUGAAUAAGUAAUACUGGCAUUUUGACAUAUAUAAAAUAAGAAUAAAACAAGAGGGUGUAGUGUCAUAGAAAUACUCCAUCGCUUUUCAUUUAUGAAAACACAGAAAAAAUGUCUCGUAUUUUGUAUGUGCUACAUACUGUGAAUUGAGGUAACUGCAAGGAAUUUUAGUCAUGCUAGCUGAAUGUGUGGGGUUAACUAAGGUAUUGUUUGAUUUUCUCUGCUGUACUUUGUUAUCUGGUCUUCUAGUGAACUCGAGCUAGUAAGAAUAACUAUCAUGACCCAUUUUCUCCCCUCUAACUUAGGGAUCAUUGAAACAUAUUUGAUUUAAUUAAUGCAUUAUCCUACUAUAUAUGAGCUCAUUCGGGGCAGGAAUUACUGAACAAUUGUUGUUUAGAGAGUUACAAACAUUAAUGUUGCACAAGUAGUGCAAUGUUUAUAUUAAACUAUACAUUGAGUUCAGCAGAUGAACAGCUUACCUGUCACCAUAGAUUGUUGGUUGCAGCUGAAGCCAUAUCUGAUUGUUGCAUGAGCCCCAUGUCUCAUGUGUACCAGCUCUACCCACCCUUCACUCUUUCCUGUGGUGGAUUGCAAUGCGUCUUUACAUGUACAUAACAACAGGUUUUUGUUGAAGAGUGUGCUACAAGAGAUGUCUUCCAUAGCACAAUUUAUUUUGAAACAAUAAAAAAGAAAGUGUUCCAAUCGAA